AUGAAUCAAUCUACAAACAACGAUUACCCUUAUUGUGCUACUAACAAUCAAUCCCACAAUAGAAAAAAAUCCAAUCAGUUAUCUCUUAAUGAGUCAAUUUAAAUACCUGGUGGUUAAAUUUACUCGCCUAUUGGAAGUCCAAUGAUAAGUUCACCAGAUACUAGAGCCAGUCAAUGGUUGAAUGCACCCUCUACUCACAUAAGCUCAACUUCAUAGAAUUCUUGGAAACAAAUUCAUGAGCAGUAUGAGAUAAACUAAAGGAUUUCAUCAGAGGAUAUACAUAAAAUUUACGCUAUCGGCAAGGAGAUUGGACACGGAAGAUAUGGCACUGUAAGACUAGCUUAAAAGAACUCUCAUCCUAAAAAGAGAUUUGCUGUUAAAUCAAUCUCAAGAGACAAGAUAAAGACAGAUAUUCAUUUACUCGAGCAAGAGCUGGAGAUAUUAAAGAGCGCUGAUCACCCAAAUAUUAUCAAUUUUUAUGAGAUCUACAAGGACGAUAAUCAUUUUCACAUUGUGACUGAGUUUUGCGAGGGAGGAGAACUAUUCGAGCAUAUUAUGGACAAAGGUCGCUUAAGUGAGAAGGAAGCAGCCCUUAUAACUCUUAAAAUAGUUUCUGCCAUAAGGCAUCUUCAUGAGCGCAAUAUUUGCCACAGAGAUCUAAAGCCUGAAAAUGUUUUAUUUGAGGUUAAGGGCAAACGGCAAGAAAUUAAAGUUAUUGAUUUCGGUUUGUCUAAGUACUUCAAUAAUGAUGAAUCUCAAAUGACUACUAAGAUCGGGACACCUUAUUAUGUAUCACCCGAGAUCCUUGAAGGAAAAUAUGAUAAUAGCUGUGAUAUAUGGAGUAUCGGAGUAAUUGCAUAUAUUAUGCUGUGCGGAUAUCCUCCAUUUAACGCCACAACAGAAAAUUAAUUGUUCAGAAAAAUUCUUAAUUGCGAAUAUGAAUUUGCAGAUGAUGAUUGGAGUAAUAUAUCAAAUGAAGCUAAGGACUUUGUUAGAUAAUGUCUGUAACCCAUCACAGUUAAAAGACUCACAGCAGAGUAAGCUACAGUCCAUCCAUGGCUACUAAAACAUUCAAAAGAGAGUCUCUAAAAGAAUAUCUCUCAUGAUGUUUUAAUGAGAUUGAAGAGUUUUAAAAAGCCGACGAAAUUAUAAGCAGAAGUAUUGAAAGUUCUAGGUACUCUUCUUACCUACAAAGAGAUUGUAGAUAUAAAAGACACAUUUUAUGCUCUAGAUGAUAACCUAUCAGGUGGGAUAACAUAUGAUGAGUUGAAAGAGGCAUUUUACGAGCAUAGUGCUUUUACAGAGGGGAAGGACAAGGAGCUAGAGUUAAGAGAGAUUUUCUUUACAACUGAUUUCAAUAAUAACGAGCAGAUUAACUACUCUGAAUUUCUAAUGGCGACUCUAGACCCCUAAACUCACUUGACUCGUGAAAAUAUUGUCAACAUCUUUAAAUACUUCGAUGCUGAUGACUGUAACUAUAUCACAAGUCAUGGACUAAAGAAAGUGUUUUUGAGAUCAGGGCGAAUAGUAAGCGACUAGGAGAUCGAAAAUAUAUUCAAUGAAAUAAACAUGCAGGUAGAUGAGAAAAUCAGCCUCGAAAGAUUUACUGAGUUACUUGAUGUAAAAAAGAAUUAAAUGAUCUCGCCUAUGACGUCAACUGCCUCAAGAUCCUGCAGGAAUUCUUUCAGAGACGAUCUGGAUUGA